AUGAAUCCAAAUGAAAAAUUGAGUAGUGAUGAUGAAACUGGUUUCGCGGAUGCAAGCAAAUUCAGGAGCUUGGUAGGAAGGUUAGUUUAUUUAACCCACACGCGACUUGACAUUGCAUUUCCAGUUGGAUUAGUUUCCAGAUUUAUGCAUCGUCCAAGCAAACAACACUACGGUGCAGCAAAACGGAUCUUACGUUAUCUUGCUGGUACACGAGACUAUGGGAUAUGGUAUACACAAAGUAAGGAUUUCAUUCUUGAAGGAUUCACCGAUAGUGAUUGGGCAGGAUUCCCCGAUGACAGGAAAAGUACCUCCAGAAAUUGUUUUAGUUUCGGAGCAGGUCCAGUGUCAUGGCUUUCUAAAAAACAAUCAACUGUUGCCUUGUCAUCUGCAGAGGCCGAGUAUGUAGCCGCUGCAACUGCUGCAUGCGUCUGGUUAAGAAGAAUCCUUGAAGAUCUAAAUCAAGUGUAG